CCAUGACGCACGGAAGCGACUUAAAUUUUCGCGGUUUCACUGUGUGGGUGUUGUUUUGGAUGGUAGAUGUUGCUUCACAAAACGAAAUAAAAAGGUUUACGUGAAAUCUCCCCCUGGCUUCGUAUUGCUUGGGAAACCGAAAAUAUGUCCAAACGACAGGCUUUUUUAGAAUCUGUUUGUAAAGAAAAUGUGAAGGACUUCCUUCAUUUUAUCCAGCUACAUGAGAACAAAGUGGAGCCCUUCGAUGUGGAGGAAGUAGUGCAGGAGAUGUCCAGAGACCAGAAACGGGCUCUAUGGGGACAACUGGCUGUGCUCCUGAGAGACAUUCUGCUGGAGUUGCCUCUUGAUCGCUGGGAGGCGGGCGUGAAAGUGAAGUCAGCUGCAAACCCUGAGAGUUUACAAAAACAUGUCAUGGCUGUUGUUGACGGCGUAACACUAGUGGCUUCGCUGUCUCUAAAGGUCUUAGAAGAUGUGGACACCUACAGUGCCCUUCUGGAAAUUGCCCACAUGCUUCAUGAUGUACUGAUGUUUGAUCAGGUCUCACAGGAGCCACUGCAGUGCCAUAUCCACAUACUGUUCAUUGACUGGUGGACAAAGGGGCUGAAGGAGAAAGAAAAGUUUGGUCGCACUGCUUUCCUUGUCUCUUUGCAGAAAAGCUUAACAUUGAAGAAACCGGGUAUUGAGAUUCAAAGAGUCUGGAGUCUCCGUGAUGUCCUUAUGAGUCUGGACUACACAUCAGAAGACAACAGGCAGAUAAUCGACUUGUUACUUAAAUGCUUUCAACAUCCUGUUUUCAUUAGACAUGAUGAAGGAAAGCGAUUCCUGGUUUAUAUAUUCAGCUGGAAUGUCAGCUUCAUCAGGAUUAUUCAGGGCACUAUCAAAGACCAGCUGGCGGUGUUCAGCAAGUCCACAACUACUCAUAUUACAGAGAUCUACUUCAGAGCAUGGAAGAAGGCCAGUGGGGACUUCGUGGAGAAGAUUGAGAGCUCAUGUAUUCAAGAUUUUAUGCAGAAUGCCAUCUUUCUUCAUAGAGCAUCUCCUGUCCUUUCAAAAGUCCGACAGAUUUUGAGCUAUUUCCACACAAAGAAGGACAGUCACACUGUGGACAAGAUGCUCUGUAAUCUCUACAGACCCAUUCUCUGGACCGCUCUAAGUGUUCCUAACUUCGAGGUGCGUGCAAAUGCCACUUGGCUUUUCACAGAGGCCUUCCCAGUCCACGACCCGGAUCAGAGUAGCCAAAGCCUAGAUGAGGAGGUUCAAGAGCAGCUGGACAAAGCAAUGGGCCUCCUUGAAGACCCCCAUCCCACUGUGCGCUCCAUAGCCAUCCUGGGAGUCUGUAAGGUUUUGGCUAAGUGCUGGGAGCUUCUUCCUUCAGCAGUCAUCACAGAGUUCUUGAAGAAGCUGGUGACGGAGCUUGCUUCUGAUGCCAGCUCCUCUGAUGUUCGUUGCUCUGUCUUCAAGAGUCUAACUAUCUUACUGGACAACACUCUCAGUCACCCACUAUUGGAAAAACUCCUGCCCUUGUGCAAGUACAGCCUUCAUGACAAUUCUGAGAAAGUCCGUGCAGCUUUCCUUGACAUGCUUAUCAAGGUCAAAGAAGUUCGUGCUGCAAAGUUUUGGGAUAUCUGCAACAUUGACCAUCUCCUGGGCCGCCUGGCUCUUGAUCCACAGUCUGUCUCUGGACGAAUUGUCAGUCUGCUCUUCAAGUCCUUCUUCCCUGUGAAUGAGUCAGAGAAAGAGUGGUGCAGCCGCUGCAUCACCCUCAUCAAGAUGAAUCCCAUGGCUGCCAGGAAGUUCUAUUCGCAUGCCUCCAAUCUCACAACCCCAACUAACAUCUUAAAGCUGAUGUUGGCCAUUCGCCGUUUUCUGAACAGCUGCAUCCAGAUGAACAGAGACCAAGUCAGUGAGAACAGUGAGAACAGUGAUGUCAACGACGAUGAUGACACAGCUCAGCUAGUUCUGUUGGGGAAAGACACAGAUGUCAUGUCCAGUCUGCUGGAGGUCGUGGUCAUCCUGUGGAGAAGUGUUAAGAAGUCCAUGGAGCUAAAUAACAAUGCCGAGAGGUUCAUUUUUGCUAAAUUUGGAAAUGUCAUCGACAAGUAUUUCCAGGCCUUUCAGGAUGAGCGAUGUAUUGUUUGUCUCAUACAAAUGGCCUCACUUUUGCCUGCAGAUCAAGCUACAGGAUUCAGCUCUACCGUUCUGCCUAGGCUGAAGAGCAUGGACCCAGGAGCUAUGCCAAAACAGUACGGCCAGCUGUUAGACUGCAUGUGUAGCUGGGGCUGGGCUGCUGACUUGGUCAGUCUCAUCACUGACUGGCUAUCUGAAGCUCUGCCCUUGAAAGAGAAGAACGUGACUCCCAAGCGACAGAAGCGUUUCCAGAAGACGGUCGACGCCAAACCAGACCUGGCACUGACUUAUCUGGACUACCUGCUCAGCCACACAUCAGUGCGAGAGAAGAUCCUCGCUCUUAGUGAGAGAUCACUGAAGCAGCUCCAUGCAGUUCUAGGACGCUGGAAGUCGGUGCUGUACACUCAUCUCACCUCCAACACAGAGGAUCCUAACAGCCCCAGCGCAGAGACGGCACUGAGAGCCUUUGCGCAUUUCGGCCAACUUGCUGCACAUCUGCAACAUAAAUUCUCAGCAGCUCGUGACUACCUGCUAUCGUUGGAGCAUAUGUCAACUUGGGUAGCUGACGUGGUGUUGCCCUGCCUGUGCGAUGCUGGGGCGGAUUCAGAGAAGUCGCAGCGAUUGGCCACACAGAUAACUGAGAGCUUUUUGACUGUGUGCCGAGAUGUUUUGCUUGUGGGUUUGGGUGACAAAAUAUUCAAGGUUGAAAUCCUGCACUUGUGCUCAGGCAUCCUCCUCUCAGAGACGGGCUACCUGCAUAUUCAUGCAGUGCUGCCAGUAUUGAAAGAGGUGGCAGACAGCUGUGUACCCGAGGAUAGCCACGAGGCUCUGGAGAAUCAGGAGAUUACAACCACUACCAUUAUGGAAAUGGUGGUCGGCCUUUUUGACAACAUUGUACAAAAGUUAUGUCGCUACCUUAGGAAGGAACCAGAGGAAGGAAAACAGCUGUGUCAGUCAGUUGUUCCUGGUCUGACAGACUUCGUCAAAGUGGCUGCGACCUGGGACAGAGAUGCUCUCUGUGGCGUUUUCAGUACUGUUUUUGCUGUCUUCAUCGCAGAAGUGGCACGUUUGCUCCAGAAGAUCACCAAUCCUGAUGAGUUGGUCACCCCACAGUCUGUGAAGGAUAUGCCUCCUCUGUCCAGCAUCAUGUUGUCUGUCAUUCUCCCAUCACCUUCUGUUAGCAGGGCGUUUUUGACAGCGGUCAGCUCAACUCUGACUUCUGCAGAUAUCAGUGAUGUGAAAGAACUAACUGCCACCACGCACGUCUUGGCUGUCAUCAGAGACUCAGCUAAAUCUAAAGGAGGCUUGAAGAGCGCUGCCACAUCUCUCCUGCUGCAGCUUCACAAACAUGCAGUCACAUCAGCAGACAGCAGAGACAUUCACAGGGUUAUGUAUGAAUCAUCUGUGAAGACUGUUAAAGAAAUACUGGAUUUAUUUCCUUAGAAGUGACCAGUGUGAUAUUGUAAAGCUGGGGGCAGACAUUUUCAGAUAAAAAAAAUGACCCAGUACAUUUUUGGAAAUUUGAGUACAUUUUGAUAAAAAAAAAAA